GGUUGAGCGUUAUAAAUACAGGCUGCAGCCGGGAAAACAAAAUGAGCAUCGACAUCCGAGGGACCCGGUCAGCGCUCCAUGAUCUUUGUGAGGAGGAUGUUGCAGCAAGCGCUCAAAGUGUCCGUCCGGAGCUCCUCUCCUCUGGUCAAGUGGAUGGAGAGGUGGGCUGAAGGAGCAGCAGCAGCAGCAGCAGCCGGGCAGGAGGGCACAAAGGAGCUGAGGACUCUGGACGACAUGCCCGGACCGUCGGUCGCCAGCUUCGCCUGGGACUUAUUUGCCAAACAGGGGCUGUCACGGCUACACGAGAUGCAGCUGGAAGGAGUGCAGCGGUAUGGUCCCAUGUGGAAGGCCAGCUUUGGUCCCAUCCUCACGGUUCAUGUGGCAGACCCGGCGCUCAUCGAGCAGGUCCUGAGGCAGGAGGGCCAGCACCCCAUGCGCUCUGAUCUCUCCUCCUGGAAGGACUACAGGAAGCUCAGAGGACAUCACUAUGGACUUCUGACAUCUGAAGGAGAGGAGUGGCAGGGGGUGAGGAGUCUCCUGGGGAAGCACAUGCUGCGGCCCAAAGCGGUGGAAGCUUACGAUAAAACGAUGAACAGCGUCGUCAGUGACCUCAUUGCCAAACUUCGCCUCAGCAGACGUCCUGAAGGCCUCGUCACUGACGUCGCCAGCGAGUUCUAUCGCUUCGGCCUCGAGGGUAUUUCUUCAGUGCUGUUUGAAUCCAGAAUUGGUUGCCUUGAUGAGGUUGUUCCUGAAGAGACGGAGCGCUUCAUUCAGUCGAUUAACACCAUGUUUGUGAUGACGCUUCUCACCAUGGCCAUGCCCAGCUGGAUGCACAAGGUGUUCCCUAAACCCUGGAAUGUCUUUUGUCAGUGCUGGGACUACAUGUUUGAAUUUGCAAAAGGCCACAUUGACCAGCGUCUAACAGCUGAAGAGGAGAAGGUCACUCGAGGAGAGAAGGUGGAGGGCCGAUAUCUCACCUAUUUCUUGUCGCAGACCGGGAUGCCCAUGAAGACCGUCUACAGCAACGUCACAGAGCUGCUUCUUGCAGGCGUUGACACCAUCUCCAGCACUAUGUCCUGGUCGUUGUAUGAACUGUCCAGACACCCAGAAGUGCAGGAUAAGCUCCGGGAGGAGGUGUUAACUGUACUGGAGGGUCGAAGGAUGCCAGAGGCUGCAGAUGUGGCCCGCAUGCCUCUCCUGAAGGCCACAGUCAAAGAAGUUCUCAGGUUGUAUCCUGUUAUUCCUGCUAAUGCAAGGGUCAUUACAGAAAGAGACAUCCAGGUUGGAGGCUACCUCAUCCCUAAAAAUACUCUGAUCACACUGUGCCACUUUGCAACAUCACGGGAUCCAGCGGUGUUUCCAAAUCCAGAUGAUUUCCAGCCCUGUCGAUGGCUGAACAGGGACCAGACUCACCACCCCUAUGCCUCUGUGCCCUUCGGUGUGGGAAAACGCAGCUGCAUAGGACGCCGCAUCGCCGAGCUGGAGCUCUAUCUUGCAUUAGCAAGGAUCCUUAUAGAGUUUGACGUGAAGCCAGACCCAGAGAGAAAUUCUGUGAAACCCAUGACAAGGACGCUUCUAGUUCCUGAAAAUGUCAUCAGCCUCCAGUUUAGUGAACGAUGACCCGCUCUCCUGAGCUGAUCAGUUACGUGAAUGUGAACGUGAGUCCCUCUGCAGUAGGAAGGACUAGCGGGCGCCGUUAUCACAGGAACCGUGAGCUUGCUGCACGCAGCCGUUCGUGUCAGAGCGGACCUUCAAUCUUCAGCACAACGAAUGCCAAACCCCUCCGUACCUGCAGUUUAUCGUGUGCAGGUCGAUACGUGGAGAAGGACAAGUGAAAGAAGGAUGAAGAGGGGCGCACAGCUCAUCAGUGAGGGAUUUCACUGGGAGAAGUGUUGCAACCAAUUUAACACUGUUUUUUACUAAAGAUGAUCACUGCUGAGUGCUUAUUUGCACACAGGCCAAGAGCAAACAAGUGAUCUCCUUGUGUACUGUUCAACAAAUGGUCCUCAUUUUAUCCUCAGUGAGUCGGACCAUGUUACAUUUCAUGGAAUCUGACACAACAUGACAGUUUUCAAAGCAGAUUUUCCCUGAAUCUGGUAACCCCUUCCUGAAUCUGAUUAUGAACCGUGAUCUUGUGCGCUCUUAAAAACAUAGUAUCAGCAAUCUCCUGCGUGCCCUGAUUGUGCAAACAUUUUAUUUCAAGAGCGCUUCUGUAUUUGUUCAGUAUAUUCAAAGGCACCAGAGUAUUAGAAGAGCUUCAGGCUGGCACAUGGAGCAGCUGUUUUUCAUAUUUUCAGCUCUGACUGAGCUGCUGUGAGGGUGCUGUGUAGAUAUGAUGCCCUAUGUAGUGUGUUUUAUAAGGGGGAAAAGACUUCUAGUUAUGGGUUCCUUAAAGAAAAGGCAGCUGUUGAAAUUAUUGUAUAUUACUGUAUACGGAGACCUAGUGCCAAUGAAAUCCCAAACGUAGGCUACUCCGCACUGAGGCUUUGUACAUCUGUUCAUAUCGUCUUCAAUUCAACAGUGCAGCACAAUGCAAGUUCAUCUGUCUUUAAUUUUUUUUUUUGCAUCUAAACCCACUAUGAGCGAUUUUUACAUAAAUUUGUAAAUAAUAGGCUUCAGGAUCUGAAUUUUAUUUAUUCUAAUUUAACUCGUUUUGAAACUGUUACUGUAAGUGUCAAUAAAAAGUUUCAUGCUGGA